AUUCUCAAUUAAAUAAUUUUCCUCAUAGGAAAUUUCCGGAAGUUUCAGCCGAAUACUUCAUGUAACAUCAAAUUAUAUCGAUUGACCUUUCGACCUUUUGUUGCGUUGUCAACUAGUACUGUGUUUUUCAUACAAACGAGUUUUUUGACGAAAAAAUGCAAGAUAUUUACGAAAAAUAUAAAAUUUGGAAGAAAUUAUAGAUGUGUUAUGUGGUUUAAUUGUUUAUUCGUACAAAAUCGGUGAAGAUUUGUGUGUAUUUCUCGCUUAUAAAUGUUGGAUCACAUGUCUGGGAUGGUUUUGUUUACAAAAAUGAAAUGUACAUAACAAUAGCGACAUAAAAUACAUCCAGUACAAAGUUAAAAUACAUCUCAAUGGAUAAUCUUUCAUCUAAUUCGCGUAGCAGCUCGCGAUACUCAAAAUCAGUUGUACUUCCUCGCAUUAAAACGGACCAAAAGCACAAGGAAUUGCGGAGAACUAGCCAUGAAAAUAUGGGGUCAGAUUUCGGCCGGAUCAGCUCAAGAGAUCAGGAUGACGAUUUCAACAAGUACAUUUUAGAAAGGCUUGAUUUCACAGAAAGGUCAUUGGAAACGGAAAGGCGGGAACGGAAUAUACUAGAAGAGCAUGUGAGGGGUUUAGUGUCUAACUUACAAAGAUUAAGCAAAGAUAUGGCAGCCUUACAACAGCAGUUGAAAUCAGAGGAAAGUAAUGCUCAUUCCCAAAAUGUGGCUUUAAAAAACCUUGAAAUGCAUCAGGUUUCUGGUAUAGGUGAUGUUUGGAACAGGCUCACUCUUGGUGACUUAAACACUAUCAAGUUAUCUGGUGAUUUGAACAAACUUUCUGGCGAUGUCGAAGAUUUGAAAAGAGGCCGAGAACGCUCGAAAGAAAACCUUGAAAAGUUAUCUAAAGAUGUUCAGAGUUUGGGUACGAAAGUGGAAAAAUCUAGCUUGGAAUUUGAGAAAAAUUUUCAAGUACUGAAAGUUGAACUCGAUUCAAAGGUCACCACCCUGGAGCGAGGUCUUGAAAUAGCAGACAAAUGGAAUGAAAGGAUGGGGAAACAAAACCAGCGGUCAGAUGGGAAUGAAUAUUCGAGACAAGAAUUCGAAGACAAUUAUUUGCAAGCUCUCAAAAAUUUUGAGCUUCGUUUCGAUCAAUUUGUGGAGAAUCAGGAAUCUUGGAAAGAAGGGGUUAACAAAAGGUUUUCAGUUUUCGAUGCAGAUUUACUUCAAAUGAAAGAAACGACGAGCAUAAAUUACGAAGGCUUGACAACAAGGAUUGAUGAUUUGAAAACAAACCAGAAGAGAGCAUUGGAAAAAUCUCUAGAGGGCAUUAAGGACAGCUAUCGAGAAGCGUUCCGGGCAGUUUAUGAGAGUAUUACGACAAUGCAGACAGUGUUAGAGGCAAAAUUGAAGAUGACUGAAGCAGAUCUUAAGACUUCUAUAAAUAGCAUUUUAAAAACAAUUUCACAAUGAGAUUAAAUGUAAUACUAGAGAUGUUGAGAUUGACGUUUACGGCAGACCGGUAACAGCAAACUUCAAUUCGCAUUUGAAAGUAAGUUCUACAAGUUUCCAAAGGUUUCAACACAUUUUUAGUCAAUUCAUUCUUCCAUUUUAAUGCACAAAUUGUCCUAACUUUGAACAGCUUACAGCUUAUCUCAAUAUACGAUUUGAAGUUAGCGUUUAGCCGUCAUAUGCCGGUCUGCCAUAAACGUCAAUCUUGACCUCUCUAUUAUGUUAAGAAACUUUGGAUUGUUAGGAAUACAAAAAUACUUGAAAAAUACAAGGACUUCAAUGUUUCGAGCAAAGGCCCUUCGUCAAGAAGUUAGUAAAAGGGUCUUCGUCUGAAACAUCUCCUUACAUUUUCACAUAGUUGUAUCCCUAUCAGGAAAUUUUACACUUUACCGUACUGGAGUAAAUCACUGAAUACAUACGCCAUCAAAACACACGAUAAAAGAACAGGUAAACUCGAACACAUGCCAUCAAAUACUUGCAGUACACAGGUACGGUAAACUGUAAAGUACCCCCCUAUAAAACCGAAGCUUUCUUAUUAUUGGUAAUACCCUUAGUUCAACGGUACUACCUACAUUGGCACACUCCAUUCAAUACUAUGUUAAGCCUGGUUGUAGACGGCCCAAUAACUGGGCGUGUUAAACAUUUUAAUAAAACAUCUUUUAAUAAAAUUGUUUAAUGUGGCGAAAAUAUUUAGACAACAAAGCAUGUCUGCAGUUCUGGUUGGAUGCUAUGGGCGAUGUAGUAAAACUAUGUAGUAAAAGUAAGUGAUAUCACCCUGUAGCACACAAUGAGAACUACAGGAAUGCAUGGUUAACUUAUCUAAACAUUUUCGCCAUAUUAAACAGUUUUAUUAAAAGUUUUAUUUUAGUUGAAUGCUUACUGCAGAGCUUCCCCAUUG